GCGGGCAUCCUUUCUCCGCCGAAAAGAGGGGCAGAGAAAAGGAAAGAGAAAAAAAAGCCGGAGCGCGCGCGUGCGAGCGAGAGGGAGAAAAAAAGAAAAAGAGAGCUGAAGAGAGAGAGCAAGAGAAAAAGCGCCAGCUCCACCCGCCAGUUAGCCAGCCAGCCAGGGACACGCGGCGGCUGUGGGAAACUCCAGAAGUCCCCUCAUGGCAGCGGCGCGAGCAGGGAAUCCCCAGGAAUUGCCUCGCGCCUUCCAGCUGUUGGUGUUGCUGCUGACGCUGCCGCCGAUUUGCGAAGCGGCUCCGGCUGCUGCUGCUGCUGCUGCUGCUGCUAUUACUACUGCUACUCCCUGGCGGGGCUUCUCCUCCUCCUCGUAGGAGUCGCUCGCUGCAAGACAUCUCCGCAGCCUUUCGUCCAAAGGACUUUUUCGUUGUUUUUAGCGUGACUAUUCUACUUGCAAUAUACUGGGUGUAUAUACAUAUAUACAUAUAUAUGUGUAUAUAUUAUAUAUAUAUAUAUAUUUCUCCACAGCUAGGUUAAACUAGAUAGCCGUUUUCUGUGCCUUCCGACCACGCAGCGGCUCUUGACACGUUAAUGAGGCAGCCGCCCCCCGGCGAGUUUGACAUGGCACUCAGCGGCACCCUCCUCCCUUCCAUCUCCACCUUCGCCACGGCGGGCACGGCCGGCAGGGAAAAAGCCUUGAGACAAGCAGGUGGCCACAACAAGUGGAGGGAGGAGCUUUCUCACCUCAAACGGAUCCCACCUGUGCUGACAGGACGGCAUUUUGACUUCUCUUCUGAGCUGGAAAACACCACAAACGGCAACAGUGGGACUAUGUCAAGGCGGGAGACAGAGGAGUUGAAUGAGCUUCUGGACUUUGAUUUCAUCUUGUCGAAUUCCCUGAUGCCCCAGGAGCAGCCCACAGCCGCCGCUGCAGUUGUGAGUGCUCCUGGUUCUUCACCCUCUGUCACAAGCAGCACCUGCCCUCCUGUGACCACCUGUGAUUUUUCCUACCAGCUGCAAAGGGAAGAUCACCCUGGAGGUAUAAUGUACACUAGAGAACAUGUUCCAGCCGCCCCUUUCAACCUGGCUGAUAUAAAUGAUGUGUCCCCUUCGGGUGGAUUUGUAGCUGAACUGAUGAGGCCAGAUCUGGACCCUGUUUAUAUGCAACAGCAACAGCAGCAGACCCAGCAGCCACCUCCUCCACCACCUCUUCCACUAGGCAGCCUUCAUGGGAAAUUUGUGUUGAAGGCUACAGUGAACAUGGGAGAAUGCAAUAACCACAUCAAGAACAGUGUUGCUGCGGUGGCUUCCCCCUGCACAGAUGGACCUGUGCCCCCUUCGGUGUACAACCAUGUGCCCAGAAUGUGCCCCAAAAUCAAGCAAGAGGCAGCCCCUUCGUGCACCAUGGGCCAAUCCCAUGGAAAUAGUCCAAGGGCCCAACCACACGACUUCUCUUUGGGUCGGCCGUUACCUAGUAGGACUAAUCCUCCCUUGACUCCAGAGGAGAUGAUGUCUCCUAGAGACUGCCACCCUUCCCCCCAGGGCUUAAGUCAUUCAACUCUUCCACUUCCUCCAGGCUAUCAUCCUGGCCCAGCCUACCCUCCUUUUCUUCCUGAGCAGCUGCCACCCAACGCCCUCCAGUAUCAAGGUCAGUCUUACUAUCUAAAUGUUUUUGGAGAGCCUUUAAGUAUGCCUCGCUUGGUACAAGGGAUGAUGCUGACUCCGCCCUCUUCACCUCUAGAGCUGAUGCCUUCCGGGAGCUGCCUCUCUGAAGAGACCAAGCCUAAGAGGGGACGGAGGUCAUGGCCCAGGAAAAGGACUGCCACACACACCUGUGAAUAUGCAGGCUGUGGUAAAACAUAUACAAAGAGCUCUCAUCUCAAAGCACACCUUCGGACCCAUACAGGUGAGAAGCCCUAUCACUGUGACUGGGAAGGCUGUGGCUGGAAAUUUGCCCGCUCCGAUGAACUUACACGUCACUACAGAAAACAUACAGGCCACCGCCCUUUCCAGUGCCAGAGGUGUGACAGAGCAUUUUCCAGGUCUGACCACCUCGCCUUACACAUGAAGAGGCACUUUUGAGAAGGACACAAGGAACUUUACCUUUACAGCCUGGAGAAGAUUCAGUAUUUGACAGCACAAGGACUGUCUUCCACACGAGGGAAGGACUCCACUUUAAAGCACUACAGAAAACCCCAGUGAAGUCUUCCAAAAAAAAAGGAGGGGAUCAAAAGGAAUGAACAAUUUUAAACAAAUGUGGAUUUUUUUUAAUAAACAAAGGGAACAAUGACUGGAUUUAAAAUCAUCAUUCCAUUUUUUUAAAAGAUAAAAAAAUCUGACUUGAAUCUUUCUGGACUACAGAAUGCCAAGGACUGACUGGAAGUCAAGGAUAUCAGGGUUAACACAAAUGUUGAGGGAGGGAUGGAUGAAUGGGUGGAUGGAUGGAUGAGUGGAUGAAUGGAUGGGAAAUUACGUAGGGAACCAACUGGUGAAGACAGAUAUGACGCUAGUAGAACAGUAACCCUGCUUUUGAAGGUUCUUUACCUCGGUCGGGCCAAAAGCUUUACUUUUUUCCUUGGAAGAGAGAAAACCAAGUUUCCAAAGCACUUUUGUAACAAUUUUAAAAGGUGUAUUGUUAUGGGGAGAAAGCAAAUGUACAUAUCGUAUUUAAAUGGGAUCUAAAAGUUGAGAAACACAAGCUUGAUCCCAGAUGCACCAUUUGAUUUUGUAAAAGGCAUGUUAAUUCCAAAACAUUGAGCUAGCCUGGCUCAUAUUGUGGCAAUAGUGAUAAACCCACUAUGAUUACUCUUUGAAUGUCAUGCCUGUCUUCACCCUAAAUUCCCUUAAAAUUUCUUUUCAAUGCAAUAUUGUAAACAUGAUAUAAUCUUGCAAUUUCUUUUACUUUCCAAAAGCCAUUAGUAAACUAUGUCAAAUGGGGAAGAAGAAGAAAUUCAGGUACAGAGUUGUGGUUAAAAGUCUAUUUUCAUGGUGCUGAAUGACAUUUGGUUCUUAAGGUACCAAAAAAGGAAGCCAAAGUUCUCAAACUGCUGCAUAUUUGACAAGGAAUUGCAUUUGUCUUCCGAUCUACAAUUAAUGAUGACCUAAGUCAGGUUAAUAAACCUGGUUUAUUUGUGUUUGUUUAAUUUUCUAUGCAGACAGUCUGUAAUGCACUGUGGUUUCAAUGUGCAAUAAUUUGUACAAUGGUUUAUUCACAAAAAUGCCUUAAGCAGAACAAAUUUUUUUCUAUAUAGGUCUUUACAUAUUAAAUAUGUAAUAUAAAUUUAAGGAGACUUCUAUUUUGUAUAUUUUGUAAACUAUGAAGUGAAAUGAACAUUUUGACAGAGUUUGUAUUUUGCAUAUUCAUUUUGCUGAAAAUAACUUUUAAAUAAACCUAUUUUAUCUGA